GUGAGAAGCAGACAUUACUGGAACACACCUGAACCUGUGGUCUUGGCGCCGCGGUGUGUGCGGGGAAUAUAUCACUAAAAUGGCUGCAGGGUUGCCGCGGAGGAUAAUCAAGGAAACCCAGCGGUUGAUGGCAGAACCAAUGUUGUUUUUUUCCCCCUACAGGAAACCCAGCGGUUGAUGGCAGAACCAGUGCCAGGCAUCUCAGCAGUACCAGAUGAGACUAAUGCUCGAUAUUUUCACGUAGUUGUUGCUGGUCCAGAAGGAUCACCAUUCGAAGGUGGCGUAUUUAAAUUAGAAUUAUUUCUGCCAGAAGAGUAUCCAAUGAGUGCCCCUAAAGUCAGAUUUAUGACAAAAAUUUAUCAUCCCAACAUAGAUAAAUUAGGAAGAAUUUGCCUUGAUAUUCUUAAAGAUAAAUGGAGUCCAGCCCUGCAGAUUCGUACAGUAUUACUGUCUAUUCAAGCACUUCUUUCUGCACCCAACCCAGAUGAUCCCCUAGCUAAUGAUGUUGCUGAACUGUGGAAGGUUAAUGAAUCUGAAGCUAUUCGUAUUGCACGGGAAUGGACACGUACAUAUGCCAUGGGGAACUAGUGCUUGCCUUUACGUAAUUUUCUUUGUAUAAAAAUAUGAUUUCUCAGGAUGAGGAGUAUAUUAUUGACGAAGGAGUGCAUAGCUACUGUAACACUGAACCAACUUGGCAUGAGCCAUAAAAUCCAUGGGAUUGGCAUCCUCUGCCAGCAAGAGCUGUUGGUGACUUGUAGUCCUUGAUAAAUACUGUCCAAAGGCUGUCACCUGCUCUAGGCUAAGGCCAAUUGAUAGAAAUAAAGGCAAACUUUGGUGGCUUCAUGGAAUGCAUCUAUUGAGGUUGACCAGAGACAAAAGCCUUUUCGAAAAUGAAAACAAGUGAUUUUUUUUUUCUUUGUUUUGGGCCACAACAAAUUAUUUUCUUAUGUUUGUUCUAGUCUUCUUUUGGGGAAGGUUUUGUUAUGUGGAAUUGGCUGCCUUUUCAGAUAGGCGAGGAAUUCCAUCAGCAUGAAUUUUGCGUGAUUUUACAGUAUCAAUGCCUAUCUUCAUUUGUCCCCUUCCUAUUAAUUUCUUUAUAUUGGGGUGAUAUUGAAGAAACAUCAUGUUUUUUGGCCCUGUAUCUACAGUGCCUUUUGUCUGCUUAAUCUAUACUGCAAAGCUUUUAAAUAUUAGGAGUUUCACUUAUAUGUCACAUGGAAAAUAAAGAUGAGCCACUGCAGCACAGGGCCAGAGAACAUUUCAGCAUCACAUUGACAUGUAUAGCUGUAUUUUUGUGGGUAACAUAACUAUCAACUUAAGCACUUAAUUCUGAUAUAUAAUGUGUUAAGUGUAUUACAGUUCAAGAUAAAUCUUAUGUGCAAACUUAGUACUGUAUGUCCCAAAAUGUUAAUUAUUUAAAUUUUUCUUGUGCUGUUUACUUUCCAUGGUUGUUUCAUUCUCGGAAGAACAUUUAGGGGUUGGCUGAGUACUGUUAGCUACGAUGCCACAUCAUACAUUUCUCUUUGAUGUGUUAGUUCUUUUACUUUUUUAAUUUAAAUAAAAGUAUUAAGUAUGGAUGAUUUAGUGUACCAAACCUACGAAUGGCUUGAGUUUUAAGAUAAUAAUCGGUUUUAGUACAUAAAUAUCAAUAUUUGACAAUAUAGCUGUGCAGCAUGGUCAUAUAGGUCAAGAGUAGCUGAAAUGCUUAUCGGUAGGGUUAGGUUGCUCAAGUCAGAGAGAGGGGUGGUCAGCAUCUCAUGGGUCAUUCCAGCAUUGGCCAUCACCCUCAUCCCACGAUGGAAGCAAUGCUUAAACGCUCCCGUGUUCUUCACAGCUGAGAGAAAGAACUUGUUUACAAGAUGAAUAAAUGUAUCUUAAAGGAGAAAGCCAAUAAAGUCCUAUUAGUGCACCCUCCAGACCAGGGCAAACCUAAAAAAAAAAAAAAAAAAAAAAAAAAAAAAAAAAAAAAAAACCACCACCUUAACUUUUACUUUUUGGGUGGUGUGAAAAAGCUGAAACAAAACGAAUAAAUUAUUAAAAAAAUCCUAUAUUGCCCCAAAUCAUACAAUACUGAAAGAGAGAGAGAGAGAGACAUAUUGCCUGUUUUUUCCACUUAUGUGUUAAGAUGAUAAUGGUCCUGUGGAGACAUGACAAUGCUGCUCACAAAGAAUUCCCAUACUUGGCCAACAUCCAGAUGUUCUUCCCAAAAUAAAAUGACCAUAGUAGUACAGUGCUACCACAUUCGAGUCUUUUUUAUUUCCAUGUGAAAACUACAUUUUCAGCACCAAAGAAUAUGAUACAUAAUUAUGAAGUACAGUAAGAAGUCUCAGAUGAAUUUUCCAUACAAUGCACUCUGUAAGAAAAUAGAAAUUUAAGAGGCAAAUACUAAUGUGGUGCACAUUGCAUUGCAGUAAGAAUGAACUUGGAAUGUGAGGUCACACCCAGUUAUUUUUUAGUUUAUUUGUUUAGGAGGAUAAUUUGGGACAUGUAGUACAUUGUGGUAUCUACAGAAAUACUGCCCUAGAACCAUAUGAAUGUCCUAUGUAAAUGACUCAUUCCAUAUAGUGUGUAUUAUUAAUAGGCCUUAUAUUGAAAGUCAUCUUGCAUUAUUUUGUUUCGUCACACCAUCAUAAUAAGAUUGUAUUAAUGCUUGCAGGAAAGAAAGAAAAAAUUGGCAAUGUUUCAAUCAAGUGAAAUUUUGUAUGCUGCUUAGGAGUAAAACUAAUAUAUAA